AUGGGUCUGAGUCAUUCAUUACAAAUUCUGAAAAAAAAUGCACUGAAAGAAGUUGCUUCUUCGCCCGAUGAAGUAGCUGCUAAAUUUGCUUCUGAAGCCUUGACUGUCAUUGGCGAAGAGGUACUUUUUAUCGAGCCAAAUAUUAAUUCUGAAAUUUAG